AUGGCUAACGUGGACAACGACGUCGCGGGAAGACUGGUUUUGAUUACUGGUGCUUCAGGAGGCAUCGGGUCAGCUUGUGCCAGACAAUUCGCAUCCUUGGGCUGUCAUCUCGCCCUCACAUACUCCUCCAACCGCGAGUCGAUAGAGAAGCUGGUGAAGGAGCUGCAACCAGCGACGAACGGCGCAGAAAGCAAGCAGCGCUUCACAAUCCACCAAGCCGACCUGUCGUCUCCGGAACAAACAACGAAGCUUUGCGAAGAGGUCCAGAAAGAACACAACAGUGCCGUCUCGAUCCUGAUCUCAAACGCCGGCUACGGCAAGAGAAUCAGAGAUGUCUCCGACAUCCCUCUGAGCGAGUUCGAGAUCACCAUCAACGUAAACCUACGCGCACCCUUCCUUCUGGUCAAGGGUGUUGUGGAUGGCAUGAAGGCGCAGAAGUGGGGACGCAUCAUCUUUGUAUCGUCGAUUGCAGCGCACGGCGGAGGCAUGAACGGGUGCCAUUAUGCAGCCUCAAAGGGUGGGACCAUGGGCAUGAUGAAGAAUUUGUCGACAACACUUGCGCCGUACAACAUUGCUGUCAAUGACGUCGCGCCGGCAAUGGUUGGCAACACUGGCCUUCUGCCAAACGGCGACCAAUUCCCUGGUCUUGUGAACAGCAUUCCAAUGCAGAGACUGUGCGAGCCAGAGGAGGUUGCGAAUGCCGUCGUCUUCUAUGCGAAGACCGGCUUCACCACCGGGCAGAGUCUAAUCAUUGCUGGAGGGCUGAAGUAG